CUCAGUAAGGACGUUAAAGGUGAACAUGGACGUGAGCCAUUCCAUUCGUGAGCGCACCAUCGCCGAGAACAGUCUGGUGAUUCUCCUGCAGGGUCUGCAUGGCCAGGUGACCACCGUUGACCUGCGAGACGAGAGCACGGCGAGGGGACGUGUUAUUAACGUGGACGCUUUCAUGAACAUCCGGCUGGAGAAGGUUCUGUACAGGGACAGACGUGGACGCGUGUCCAGUAUGGACGACUUGUUCAUCACGGGCCGAAACGUGCGUUAUGUCCACAUCCCAGACCACAUGAACAUUAUAGAGACAAUAGAGACCCAACUUGCAUAA